AUGAAUACUUAUGGUUCUAGUUGGAUAUUUGCUGAUCCAUCCGAUAAUAUUUCCACUCCUGGAUAUACUGUACAUACUAUACCAGUUGUCGAGCAAGGAUGUGAUUGUGGACUGACUCCGAAGUGUACAAAAGAGUUUUUUGGAAUAAAGUAUGGUUGUUAUGUCACCGAAGCUUUUUCACAAUUACCAAUGGCGUGUCUCUACGAUGCAAAAUGUGUGGAUAAAUCAGGCAAUAAUAACUCACUCAGUAAUCCAGGGAAUUCAAGUCGUUUUUCGAUCAAUACAACAUAUGAAGCAUUGCUCAGUGAAUUAAUGGUGGAAAACCUUAUACACGAUCUAGAUUAUGAGAUUUAUUUUAGUAAAUGUAAACCUUCAUUAUGUAUUUAUAAGAAAAGCAAUUUCAAAGAAGGAAUUAUUGAACUUAUUUCUCUAUAUGGUGGUGUUGCCAUCAUCUGUCGAUUAAUUGCAGUCAUUCUUGUUAAAUUAAUACGACGUCGAUCAGUAGAAAUUACACCGGUAACAGAUUAA